ACUGAAACACCAAGAAAAAUAAAUGGUAGCGAUGAAGUACUUCCAAUUUCUCUAUGUAAUGACCAUUGCUCCCCCGGAUACUGGAAGAAAGGAAUGGAAGGAAAACAAUUCUGUUGCUACGACUGUGUUCCAUGUCCAGAAGGGAAGAUUUCAAAUCAAAAGGAUAUGGAUGACUGUUUUGAAUGUCCAGAAGAUCAUUAUCCAAAUAAAGAAAAGAAUGGAUGCAUCCUGAAACUGCUGGUCUUUCUAACUUUUAAAGAAACCUUAGGAAUUGGUUUGGCCUCAACUGCUCUUUGUUUCUUCUUCUUGACAGCUUGGGUACUUGGAACAUUUAUUAAGCACAGGGAGACUCCCAUUGUCAAAGCCAACAAUCGGUCCCUCACCUACACCCUCCUUGUCUCUCUUCUGCUCUGUUUUCUCUCCUCUUUGUUGUUCCUCAGCCAGCCUGGCAAGGUGACCUGCCUUCUCCGACAAUCAGCUUUUGGCAUCACCUUCUCAGUGGCCAUUUCUAGCGUCCUGGCCAAAACCAUCACUGUCGUUGUAGCUUUCAUGGCCACUAAACCGGGAUCUCAGAUGAGGAAAUGGGUGGGGAAAAGAUUGUCCUUUUCUAUUGUCCUUUCAUGCUCUCUAUUAGAAGUAUGUAUUUGUAUUCUUUGGUUGUCAACAUCUCCCCCAUUCCCUGAGUUGGACAUGCACUCAGAGAUCCAAGAAAUGAUUUUACAAUGCAAUGAGGGAUCAGCUUUCUUCUUCUACUGUGUCUUGGGCUACAUGGGUAUCUUGGCCAGCGCCAGCUUUAUUGUAGCUUUUCUUGCCCGUAAAUUACCUGACAGCUUUAAUGAAGCCAAGUUCAUCACCUUCAGCAUGUUGGCCUUUUGCAGUGUUUGGAUCUCCUUCUUUCCAGCCUAUCUGAGCACAAAAGGCAAAGCCAUGGUAGCUGUGGAGGUCUUCUCCAUCUUGGCCUCCAGCGCUGCAUUACUAGGAUGCAUAUUCCUGCCAAAGUGCUACAUCAUUGUUUUGCGGCCUAAACUCAACCACAGGGAGCAACUCUUGAAGAGAAAAUAA